AUGGGCGUUCGUCCAGGACCCCUGAGCGACUCCCUGUGGUGGCCGCCACCGCCGCCGCCGCCAUCACGCCGCCCCCCGCUACGACUCCUCCCUCUCCUCCUCCUCCUACUGCUCACCGGCGCCCCCUGCUGCCGCGCCCGGCCCUUCGGCGUGCCCACGCCGGCGGUGAACGUGGCGGUGGUGUUCAGCGGCUCGGCCUACCAGCAGGAGAUCAAGGGCCGGCUGAGCCGCGAGAACUUCCUGGACCUGCCGCUGGAGGUGAACCCCAUCACGGUGCUGGUGAACAACACCAACCCCCGGGCGCUGCUCACGCGCAUCUGCGACACGCUCACGGCCAACCGCGUGCACGGCGUGGUGUUCGAGGACAACGUGGGCUCGGAGGCCGUGGCCCAGAUCCUGGACUUCAUCUCCACGCAGACCGCCGUGCCCAUCGUGGGCAUCAGCGGGGGCUCUGCCGUCGUGCUGCCCUAUAAGGUCGUGCUGUGGCAAGAACACAUGCUGAGCGUGAGCUGGGAGAACAACGACUUCUCGUUCAACAGCGAUGGAUACUUGGUCAACCCCUCCAUGAUCAUCAUCACUCUGGACAGAGAGAGGCAGUGGGACAAGGUGGGGACCUACGAGAUGGGCAUCCUGCAGAUGCGCUACCCGGUGUGGCCGCGCUACGGCACCUACCUGGAGCCGGUGUCGGACAACCGCCACCUGACCGUGGCCACGCUGGAGGAGCGGCCCUUCGUCAUCGUGGAGUCGGUGGACCCCGUCACUGGGACCUGCGUCAGCAACACCGUUCCCUGCCGCCGGCAGUCCAACAAGACCGAAACCAUUGUGGGCCACACAGAGCCCUACACCAAGCUGUGCUGCAAGGGCUUCUGCAUCGACAUCCUGAAGAAGCUGUCCCGCACCAUCAAGUUCUCCUACGAUCUGUACCUGGUCACCAACGGCAAGCACGGCAAGCUGGUCCGCGGGAUCUGGAACGGGAUGAUCGGCGAGGUGUUCUACAAGCGUGCAGACAUGGCCAUCGGCUCGCUGACCAUCAACGAGGAGCGCUCCGAGAUCAUCGACUUCUCCGUGCCCUUCGUGGAGACGGGUAUCAGCGUCAUGGUCGCCCGUAGCAACGGCACCGUGUCCCCCUCCGCCUUCCUGGAGCCCUACAGCCCGGCCGUCUGGGUGAUGAUGUUCGUGAUGUGUCUCACCGUCGUGGCCAUCACCGUGUUCGUGUUCGAGUACUGCAGUCCUGUCGGCUACAACCGCAGCCUCGUCUCCGCCAAAGAUCCCGGGGGCCCCACCUUCACCAUCGGCAAGUCGGUGUGGCUGCUGUGGGGCAUCGUGUUCAACAACUCGGUGCCCAUCGAGAACCCCAAGGGCACCACCAGCAAGAUCAUGGUGCUGGUGUGGGCCUUCUUCGCCGUCAUCUUCCUGGCCUCCUACACCGCCAACCUGGCCGCCUUCAUGAUCCAGGAGCAGUACAUCGACACCGUGUCCGGCCUCAGCGACAAGAAGUUUCAAAAGCCGCAGGAGCAGUACCCUCCGUUCCGCUUUGGGACGGUCCCAAAUGGCAGCACGGAGAGGAACAUAAGGAGCAACUACCCGGAGAUGCACUCGCACAUGGUCAAGUACAACCAGAAAGGGGUGGAGGACGCCCUGAACAGUCUGAAAACAGGGAAGCUGGACGCGUUCAUCUACGACGCGGCCGUUCUGAACUACAUGGCCGGCAAGGACGAGGGCUGCAAGCUGGUGACGAUCGGCAGCGGAAAGGUCUUCGCCACCACGGGCUACGGCAUCGCCCUGCAGAAGGAGUCCCGGUGGAAGCGUCCCAUCGACUUGGCGCUGCUUCAGUUCCUAGCAGAUGGCGACACGCAGAAGCUGCAGACGGUGUGGCUGACGGGCAUCUGUCGCAACGAGAAGAAGGAGGUGAUGAGCACCAAGCUGGACAUCGACAACAUGGCCGGGGUGUUCUACAUGCUGCUGGUGGCCAUGGGCCUCAGCCUGUUGGUCUUCUCCUGGGAGCACCUGCUCUACUGGAAGCUGCGGCACUCGGUGCGCGACUCGGACCGCCUCGACUUCCUGCUGGGCAUCAGUAGGGGCAUCUACAGCUGCUUCAACGGCGUGGAGGAGAGCGACCACAACGGCAGCCUGCAGAACCCCGACGUCACGGCCAACUACACGCAGGCCAACAUGCUGAAGAUGCUGAGGACGGCCAAGGACAUCGUGUCGUCGGCGCGCGUGGAGAACUCCCUGGACAACGCCACCAAGACGCUGGAGAGCUGGAGCCGGCGGGGCGGGGCCGACGGCGCGCGGGUCGCCGGCCCGCCGGCCCGCAUCGCCACCUCGGCGGCGGACAUGUGCCAUGUCGGCGGCCGCGUGCCCUACAUCUCCAGCAUCUCGGACCACCCGCCCAUGUUCCCCCAGAGGUCGCUCACGCCGACCCUGCCCGGCGGCGGGGGGGGCCACUACGGGGACAGCGGGCUGGUCCAGCCCCUGCUGCUGGACCAGGCCCGGGGCCGGCCCGUCCCGCUGCGCUACACCCUCCCGGCGCGGGGGGGCGGGGCCGCCGGCCACAUGCUGGAGAGGACCCUCCCCAUCUCCAGCCUCAGCAGCCCCCACCUCGCCAUGCGGGACCCGGGCACCCCCGGCGGCCGCCCCCACCCCCACCCCCACCACCACCACCUGCUGCACCACCACGGGGGCAGCGGGGGCCGGCUCUACCUGGACGGCCAGCCCCGGCACCACCACCACCUCCCGGUCGCCGCCGCCGCCGCCACGGCCGCCUCCUCCUCCGCCUACCUCCCCUACCGGGAGUUCCAGGUGCCCGACAUCUACGUGGAGCACCGGGGGGCGCUGCGCAGGAAGUUCAGCUACCCGCCCGACUGCGUGAGCCGCAAGAAGCGGCCGCACAGCUACGUGUUUGACGGCGGGCUGCGGCCUAACGAUUACGACGAGCCCACCGCCUGCCUGGCCGAGCUGCGGGCCAAUCACCUGCUGGGGAACCACGCCCCCCUGGUGGCCACCGCCACCGCCGCCGCCGCUCACUACCCGGGCCACGCCGCCAGCUGCAACUCGUGCAUGAAGCCGUACCUGGAGGCGUACCCGGAGCCCGACGGGGACGACGCGCCGCUGCUGGGGAAGGACAAGAUGAACCGCCGCGCCUCCUUCCUCAAGGCCACCUGGGGCGGCGACCGCAUCCGGCAGGUGGACGAGACCAAGGCCUCGGCGGGGGCGGGGCCGGGCGCGGCGGGGGCGUCGGCCUCCCCGGCCACCCGGGCGCUGGUGGGGGAGGUGCCGGACCUGUUCCCCCGCGGCGUGGUGACGGCGGCCCGGGCCAAGCAGCCCAAACACCACGCGGCCCAGCGGCACAAGAUGUACGGCAGCCUGGGCAACAACCUGUCCUGCUUCCCCCUGGCGGCCGAGCCCGCCUACCUGGACCCCGCCCACAUGGGCUCCUUCCCCUACAAGCAGAAGCUGCGCUACUACGAGUCCACGGGCCGGCUGCCGUCGUACCGCGAGGCGCUGCUCCACAACCUGCCGCCCACGGCCGCCGCCACCGCCACCCUGCGGCGCUCCUCGUCCUCGGCCACCGUGGUGCACAGACACUACUCCACCUACCUGAACGCCUACACCGACCUGCCCGUGUACGUGGGGCCGCUGGCGCAGGGCCACGCCCACUUCUACGACGCCACCAAGGAAGCCUGCCACCUGUUCCCCUGCGGCGGCGGCGGCGGGCUGGGCCACGCCCACUGUCCCGAGACGGUGGCGUUGGCGCAGGCCCGCGCGGCCGGCGGCGGUGGCGGCGGCGGCGGCGGGGCGGACAGGGGGGCAUCGGCGGGGGGGCCCGGCCAGAACAGCGUGCUGAUGCGGAGCUACGACGGCUCGGGGACGCGGGAGGAGCUGGGAGGGGCGUGCGGGAACAGGGAGAGGCGGCAGGUGCUGGUGGCCCAACGGGUGAACAUUGUGCCAAAGCCCUGGGGGAGGGUCUCCAGCCUGGAAUCCGAGGUGUGA